ACAGCUAGCUAGCAGCCGGAUGUUUUCAAGCUACUAGCUAGCUGCUAGCUAGUACUUUCAUUAGAUUAAACCGGUAAACCGUUGGUGUGACGUCAUCCCGGUGCUCCCCGGCACGUGAGCGGUAGAAACACACCGAUGCCCCGGAAAGAGAAAGCGGUGAAGGGCAGCCCGGCCGUGGCCGACGCCCCCGGUCCGGUGUCCCGGGACCGAAGCGGGUUCGUCACCGUGGCCGUUCGCGCCAAACCGGGUUCCAAACGCAGCGGCAUCACCGAGGUCUCUGCGGAGGCGGUGGGCGUGUCCAUCGCGGCUCCGCCCACAGACGGAGAGGCCAACGCGGAGCUCGUCCGCUUCCUGGCCGAAGUCCUGGACCUGAAGAAGAGUCACGUUUCCCUCGACAAGGGCUCCAGGUCCAGAGACAAACGGAUCAGAGUGGACUCCUCUCUCAGCCCAGAGGAGGUGUUGAGGAGGCUCAGAGAGGCUGCAGGCUGAAACGAGGAGGAGGGAGGACAGAGGAGGUGUUGAGGAGGCUCAGAGGCUGCAGGCUGAAACAAGGAGGGAGGAGGACAGAGGGAGGACAGAGGGAGGACAGAGGAGGUGUUGAGGAGGCUCAGAGGCUGCAGGCUGAAACAAGGAGGGAGGAGGACAGAGGGAGGACAGAGGGAGGAGGAGGGAGGACAGAGGAGGUGUUGAGGAGGCUCAGAGAGGCUGCAGGCUGAAACAAGGA